GUGAGUGAGGAUGGGCUCACGAGGGUGAGUGAGGAUGGGCUCACGAGGGUGAGUGAGGAUGGGCUCACGAGGGUGAGUGAGGAUGGGCUCACGAGGGUGAGUGAGGAUGGGCUCACGAGGGUGAGUGAGGAUGGGCUCACGAGGGUGAGUGAGGAUGGGCUCACGAGGGUGAGUGAGGAUGGGCUCACGAGGGUGAGUGAGGAUGGGCUCACGAGGGUGAGUGAGGAUGGGCUCACGAGGGUGAGUGAGGAUGGGCUCACGAGGGUGAGUGAGGAUGGGCUCACGAGGGUGAGUGAGGAUGGGCGCACGCGGGUGAGUGAGGAUGGGCUCACGAGGGUGAGUGAGGAUGGGCGCACGCGGGUGAGUGAGGAUGGGCUCACGAGGGUGAGUGAGGAUGGGCUCACGAGGGUGAGUGAGGAUGGGCUCACGAGGGUGAGUGAGGAUGGGCUCACGAGGGUGAGUGAGGAUGGGCUCACGAGGGUGAGUGAGGAUGGGCGCACGCGGGUGAGUGAGGAUGGGCUCACGAGGGUGAGUGAGGAUGGGCUCACGAGGGUGAGUGAGGAUGGGCUCACGAGGGUGAGUGAGGAUGGGCUCACGAGGGUGAGUGUGGAUGGGCUCACGCGGGUGAGUGAGGAUGGGCUCACGAGGGUGAGUGAGGAUGGGCUCACGAGGGUGAGUGAGGAUGGGCUCACGAGGGUGAGUGAGGAUGGGCUCACGAGGGUGAGUGAGGAUGGGCUCACGAGGGUGAGUGAGGAUGGGCUCACGAGGGUGAGUGAGGAUGGGCUCACGAGGGUGAGUGAGGAUGGGCUCACGAGGGUGAGUGAGGUUGGGCUCACGAGGGUGAGUGAGGAUGGGCGCACGAGGGUGAGUGAGGAUGGGCUCACGAGGGUGAGUGAGGAUGGGCUCACGAGGGUGAGUGAGGAUGGGCUCACGAGGGUGAGUGAGGAUGGGCUCACGAGGGUGAGUGAGGAUGGGCUCACGAGGGUGAGUGAGGAUGGGCGCACGCGGGUGAGUGAGGAUGGGCGCACGCGGGUGAGUGAGGUUGGGCUCACGAGGGUGAGUGAGGAUGGGCGCACGCGGGUGAGUGAGGAUGGGCUCACGAGGGUUAAUGAGGAUGGGCGCACGCGGGUGAGUGAGGAUGGGCUCACGAGGGUGAGUGAGGAUGGGCUCACGAGGGUGAGUGAGGAUGGGCUCACGAGGGUGAGUGAGGAUGGGCUCACGAGGGUGAGUGAGGAUGGGCUCACGAGGGUGAGUGAGGAUGGGCUCACGAGGGUGAGUGAGGAUGGGCUCACGAGGGUGAGUGAGGAUGGGCGCACGCGGGUGAGUGAGGAUGGGCGCACGCGGGUGAGUGAGGAUGGGCUCACGAGGGUGAGUGAGGAUGGGCUCACGAGGGUGAGUGAGGAUGGGCUCACGAGGGUGAGUGAGGAUGGGCUCACGAGGGUGAGUGAGGAUGGGCUCACGAGGGUGAGUGAGGAUGGGCUCACGAGGGUGAGUGAGGAUGGGCUCACGAGGGUGAGUGAGGAUGGGCUCACGAGGGUGAGUGAGGAUGGGCUCACGAGGGUGAGUGAGGAUGGGCUCACGAGGGUGAGUGAGGAUGGGCUCACGAGGGUGAGUGAGGAUGGGCGCACGCGGGUGAGUGAGGAUGGGCGCACGCGGGUGAGUGAGGAUGGGCUCACGAGGGUGAGUGAGGAUGGGCUCACGAGGGUGAGUGAGGAUGGGCUCACGAGGGUGAGUGAGGAUGGGCUCACGAGGGUGAGUGAGGAUGGGCUCACGAGGGUGAGUGAGGAUGGGCUCACGAGGGUGAGUGAGGAUGGGCGCACGCGGGUGAGUGAGGAUGGGCUCACGAGGGUGAGUGAGGAUGGGCUCACGAGGGUGAGUGAGGAUGGGCUCACGAGGGUGAGUGAGGAUGGGCUCACGAGGGUGAGUGAGGAUGGGCUCACGAGGGUGAGUGAGGAUGGGCUCACGAGGGUGAGUGAGGAUGGGCGCACGCAGGUGAGUGAGGAUGGGCUCACGAGGGUGAGUGAGGAUGGGCUCACGAGGGUGAGUGAGGAUGGGCUCACGAGGGUGAGUGAGGAUGGGCUCACGAGGGUGAGUGAGGAUGGGCGCACGCGGGUGAGUGAGGAUGGGCGCACGCGGGUGAGUGAGGAUGGGCUCACGAGGGUGAGUAAGGAUGGGCUCACGAGGGUGAGUGAGGAUGGGCUCACGAGGGUGAGUGAGGAUGGGCUCACGAGGGUGAGUGAGGAUGGGCUCACGAGGGUGAGUGAGGAUGGGCUCACGAGGGUGAGUGAGGAUGGGCUCACGAGGGUGAGUGAGGAUGGGCUCACGAGGGUGAGUGAGGAUGGGCUCACGAGGGUGAGUGAGGAUGGGCUCACGAGGGUGAGUGAGGAUGGGCUCACGAGGGUGAGUGAGGAUGGGCGCACGCGGGUGAGUGAGGAUGGGCUCACGAGGGUGAGUGAGGAUGGGCGCACGCGGGUGAGUGAGGAUGGGCUCACGAGGGUGAGUGAGGAUGGGCUCACGAGGGUGAGUGAGGAUGGGCUCACGAGGGUGAGUGAGGAUGGGCUCACGAGGGUGAGUGAGGAUGGGCUCACGAGGGUGAGUGAGGAUGGGCGCACGCGGGUGAGUGAGGAUGGGCUCACGAGGGUGAGUGAGGAUGGGCUCACGAGGGUGAGUGAGGAUGGGCUCACGAGGGUGAGUGAGGAUGGGCUCACGAGGGUGAGUGUGGAUGGGCUCACGCGGGUGAGUGAGGAUGGGCUCACGAGGGUGAGUGAGGAUGGGCUCACGAGGGUGAGUGAGGAUGGGCUCACGAGGGUGAGUGAGGAUGGGCUCACGAGGGUGAGUGAGGAUGGGCUCACGAGGGUGAGUGAGGAUGGGCUCACGAGGGUGAGUGAGGAUGGGCUCACGAGGGUGAGUGAGGAUGGGCUCACGAGGGUGAGUGAGGUUGGGCUCACGAGGGUGAGUGAGGAUGGGCGCACGAGGGUGAGUGAGGAUGGGCUCACGAGGGUGAGUGAGGAUGGGCUCACGAGGGUGAGUGAGGAUGGGCUCACGAGGGUGAGUGAGGAUGGGCUCACGAGGGUGAGUGAGGAUGGGCUCACGAGGGUGAGUGAGGAUGGGCGCACGCGGGUGAGUGAGGAUGGGCGCACGCGGGUGAGUGAGGUUGGGCUCACGAGGGUGAGUGAGGAUGGGCGCACGCGGGUGAGUGAGGAUGGGCUCACGAGGGUUAAUGAGGAUGGGCGCACGCGGGUGAGUGAGGAUGGGCGCACGCGGGUGAGUGAGGAUGGGCGCACGCGGGUGAGUGAGGAUGGGCGCAAGCGGGUGAGUGAGGAUGGGCGCACGCGGGUGAGUGAGGAUGGGCUUACGAGGGUGAGUGAGGAUGGGCUCACGAGGGUGAGUGAGGAUGGGCGCACGCGGGUGAGUGAGGAUGGGCGCACGCGGGUGAGUGAGGAUGGGCGCACGCGGGUGAGUGAGGAUGGGCGCACGCGGGUGAGUGAGGAUGGGCGCACGCGGGUGAGUGAGGAUGGGCGCACGCGGGUGAGUGAGGUUGGGCUCACGAGGGUGAGUGAGGAUGGGCGCACGCGGGUGAGUGAGGAUGGGCUCACGAGGGUUAAUGAGGAUGGGCGCACGCGGGUGAGUGAGGAUGGGCGCACGCGGGUGAGUGAGGAUGGGCGCACGCGGGUGAGUGAGGAUGGGCGCACGCGGGUGAGUGAGGAUGGGCUCACGAGGGUGAGUGAGGAUGGGCGCACGCUGGUGAGUGAGGAUGGGCUCACGAGGGUGAGUGAGGAUGGGCGCACGCGGGUGAGUGAGGAUGGGCGCACGCGGGUGAGUGAGGAUGGGCUCACGAGGGUGAGUGAGGAUGGGCGCACGCGGGUGAGUGAGGAUGGGCGCACGAGGGUGAGUGAGGAUGGGCUCACGAGGGUGAGUGAGGAUGGGCGCACGCGGGUGAGUGAGGAUGGGCGCACGCGGGUGAGUGAGGAUGGGCUCACGAGGGUGAGUGAGGAUGGGCUCACGAGGGUGAGUGAGGAUGGGCGCACGCGGGUGAGUGAGGAUGGGCUCACGAGGGUGAGUGAGGAUGGGCGCACGCGGGUGAGUGAGGAUGGGCUCACGAGGGUGAGUGAGGAUGGGCUCACGAGGGUGAGUGAGGAUGGGCUCACGAGGGUGAGUGAGGAUGGGCUCACGAGGGUGAGUGAGGAUGGGCUCACGAGGGUGAGUGAGGAUGGGCUCACGAGGGUGAGUGAGGAUGGGCUCACGAGGGUGAGUGAGGAUGGGCGCACGCGGGUGAGUGACGAUGGGCUCACGAGGGUGAGUGAGGAUGGGCUCACGAGGGUGAGUGAGGAUGGGCUCACGAGGGUGAGUGAGGAUGGGCUCACGAGUGUGAGUGAGGAUGGGCUCACGAGGGUGAGUGAGGAUGGGCUCACGAGGGUGAGUGAGGAUGGGCGCACGCGGGUGAGUGAGGAUGGGCUCACGAGGGUGAGUGAGGAUGGGCUCACGAGGGUGAGUGAGGAUGGGCUCACGAGGGUGAGUGAGGAUGGGCUCACGAGGGUGAGUGAGGAUGGGCUCACGAGGGUGAGUGAGGAUGGGCGCACGCGGGUGAGUGAGGAUGGGCUCACGAGGGUGAGUGAGGAUGGGCUCACGAGGGUGAGUGAGGAUGGGCUCACGAGGGUGAGUGAGGAUGGGCUCACGAGGGUGAGUGAGGAUGGGCGCACGCGGGUGAGUGAGGAUGGGCGCACGCGGGUGAGUGAGGAUGGGCGCACGCGGGUGAGUGAGGAUGGGCGCACGCGGGUGAGUGAGGAUGGGCGCACGCGGGUGAGUGAGGAUGGGCGCACGCGGGUGAGUGAGGAUGGGCUCACGAGGGUGAGUGAGGAUGGGCGCACGCGGGUGAGUGAGGAUGGGCUCACGAGGGUUAAUGAGGAUGGGCGCACGCGGGUGAGUGAGGAUGGGCGCACGCGGGUGAGUGAGGAUGGGCGCACGCGGGUGAGUGAGGAUGGGCGCACGCGGGUGAGUGAGGAUGGGCUCACGAGGGUGAGUGAGGAUGGGCGCACGCUGGUGAGUGAGGAUGGGCUCACGAGGGUGAGUGAGGAUGGGCGCACGCGGGUGAGUGAGGAUGGGCGCACGCGGGUGAGUGAGGAUGGGCUCACGAGGGUGAGUGAGGAUGGGCGCACGCGGGUGAGUGAGGAUGGGCGCACGAGGGUGAGUGAGGAUGGGCUCACGAGGGUGAGUGAGGAUGGGCGCACGCGGGUGAGUGAGGAUGGGCGCACGCGGGUGAGUGAGGAUGGGCUCACGAGGGUGAGUGAGGAUGGGCUCACGAGGGUGAGUGAGGAUGGGCGCACGCGGGUGAGUGAGGAUGGGCUCACGAGGGUGAGUGAGGAUGGGCGCACGCGGGUGAGUGAGGAUGGGCUCACGAGGGUGAGUGAGGAUGGGCUCACGAGGGUGAGUGAGGAUGGGCUCACGAGGGUGAGUGAGGAUGGGCGCACGCGGGUGAGUGAGGAUGGGCUCACGAGGGUGAGUGAGGAUGGGCUCACGAGGGUGAGUGAGGAUGGGUUCACGAGGGUGAGUGAGGAUGGGCUCACGAGGGUGAGUGAGGAUGGGCUCACGAGGGUGAGUGAGGAUGGGUUCACGAGGGUGAGUGAGGAUGGGCUCACGAGGGUGAGUGAGGAUGGGCUCACGAGGGUGAGUGAGGAUGGGCUCACGAGGGUGAGUGAGGAUGGGCUCACGAGGGUGAGUGAGGAUGGGCUCACGAGGGUGAGUGAGGAUGGGCUCACGAGGGUGAGUGAGGAUGGGCUCACGAGGGUGAGUGAGGUUGGGCUCACGAGGGUGAGUGAGGAUGGGCGCACGAGGGUGAGUGAGGAUGGGCUCACGAGGGUGAGUGAGGAUGGGCUCACGAGGGUGAGUGAGGAUGGGCUCACGAGGGUGAGUGAGGAUGGGCUCACGAGGGUGAGUGAGGAUGGGCUCACGAGGGUGAGUGAGGAUGGGCGCACGCGGGUGAGUGAGGAUGGGCGCACGCGGGUGAGUGAGGUUGGGCUCACGAGGGUGAGUGAGGAUGGGCGCACGCGGGUGAGUGAGGAUGGGCUCACGAGGGUUAAUGAGGAUGGGCGCACGCGGGUGAGUGAGGAUGGGCGCACGCGGGUGAGUGAGGAUGGGCGCACGCGGGUGAGUGAGGAUGGGCGCAAGCGGGUGAGUGAGGAUGGGCGCACGCGGGUGAGUGAGGAUGGGCUCACGAGGGUGAGUGAGGAUGGGCUCACGAGGGUGAGUGAGGAUGGGCGCACGCGGGUGAGUGAGGAUGGGCGCACGCGGGUGAGUGAGGAUGGGCGCACGCGGGUGAGUGAGGAUGGGCGCACGCGGGUGAGUGAGGAUGGGCGCACGCGGGUGAGUGAGGAUGGGCGCACGCGGGUGAGUGAGGUUGGGCUCACGAGGGUGAGUGAGGAUGGGCGCACGCGGGUGAGUGAGGAUGGGCUCACGAGGGUUAAUGAGGAUGGGCGCACGCGGGUGAGUGAGGAUGGGCGCACGCGGGUGAGUGAGGAUGGGCGCACGCGGGUGAGUGAGGAUGGGCGCACGCGGGUGAGUGAGGAUGGGCUCACGAGGGUGAGUGAGGAUGGGCGCACGCGGGUGAGUGAGGAUGGGCGCACGAGGGUGAGUGAGGAUGGGCUCACGAGGGUGAGUGAGGAUGGGCGCACGCGGGUGAGUGAGGAUGGGCGCACGCGGGUGAGUGAGGAUGGGCUCACGAGGGUGAGUGAGGAUGGGCUCACGAGGGUGAGUGAGGAUGGGCUCACGAGGGUGAGUGAGGAUGGGCUCACGAGUGUGAGUGAGGAUGGGCUCACGAGGGUGAGUGAGGAUGGGCUCACGAGGGUGAGUGAGGAUGGGCGCACGCGGGUGAGUGAGGAUGGGCUCACGAGGGUGAGUGAGGAUGGGCUCACGAGGGUGAGUGAGGAUGGGCUCACGAGGGUGAGUGAGGAUGGGCUCACGAGGGUGAGUGAGGAUGGGCUCACGAGGGUGAGUGAGGAUGGGCGCACGCGGGUGAGUGAGGAUGGGCUCACGAGGGUGAGUGAGGAUGGGCUCACGAGGGUGAGUGAGGAUGGGCUCACGAGGGUGAGUGAGGAUGGGCUCACGAGGGUGAGUGAGGAUGGGCGCACGCGGGUGAGUGAGGAUGGGCGCACGCGGGUGAGUGAGGAUGGGCGCACGCGGGUGAGUGAGGAUGGGCGCACGCGGGUGAGUGAGGAUGGGCGCACGCGGGUGAGUGAGGAUGGGCGCACGCGGGUGAGUGAGGAUGGGCUCACGAGGGUGAGUGAGGAUGGGCGCACGCGGGUGAGUGAGGAUGGGCUCACGAGGGUUAAUGAGGAUGGGCGCACGCGGGUGAGUGAGGAUGGGCGCACGCGGGUGAGUGAGGAUGGGCGCACGCGGGUGAGUGAGGAUGGGCGCACGCGGGUGAGUGAGGAUGGGCUCACGAGGGUGAGUGAGGAUGGGCGCACGCUGGUGAGUGAGGAUGGGCUCACGAGGGUGAGUGAGGAUGGGCGCACGCGGGUGAGUGAGGAUGGGCGCACGCGGGUGAGUGAGGAUGGGCUCACGAGGGUGAGUGAGGAUGGGCGCACGCGGGUGAGUGAGGAUGGGCGCACGAGGGUGAGUGAGGAUGGGCUCACGAGGGUGAGUGAGGAUGGGCGCACGCGGGUGAGUGAGGAUGGGCGCACGCGGGUGAGUGAGGAUGGGCUCACGAGGGUGAGUGAGGAUGGGCUCACGAGGGUGAGUGAGGAUGGGCGCACGCGGGUGAGUGAGGAUGGGCUCACGAGGGUGAGUGAGGAUGGGCGCACGCGGGUGAGUGAGGAUGGGCUCACGAGGGUGAGUGAGGAUGGGCUCACGAGGGUGAGUGAGGAUGGGCUCACGAGGGUGAGUGAGGAUGGGCGCACGCGGGUGAGUGAGGAUGGGCUCACGAGGGUGAGUGAGGAUGGGCUCACGAGGGUGAGUGAGGAUGGGUUCACGAGGGUGAGUGAGGAUGGGCUCACGAGGGUGAGUGAGGAUGGGCUCACGAGGGUGAGUGAGGAUGGGCUCACGAGGGUGAGUGAGGAUGGGCUCACGAGGGUGAGUGAGGAUGGGCUCACGAGGGUGAGUGAGGAUGGGCGCACGCGGGUGAGUGAGGAUGGGCUCACGAGGGUGAGUGAGGAUGGGCUCACGAGGGUGAGUGAGGAUGGGCGCACGCGGGUGAGUGAGGAUGGGCUCACGAGGGUGAGUGAGGAUGGGCGCACGCUGGUGAGUGAGGAUGGGCUCACGAGGGUGAGUGAGGAUGGGCGCACGCGGGUGAGUGAGGAUGGGCGCACGCGGGUGAGUGAGGAUGGGCUCACGAGGGUGAGUGAGGAUGGGCUCACGAGGGUGAGUGAGGAUGGGCGCACGCGGGUGAGUGAGGAUGGGCGCACGCGGGUGAGUGAGGAUGGGCGCACGCGGGUGAGUGAGGAUGGGCGCACGCGGGUGAGUGAGGAUGGGCGCACGCGGGUGAGUGAGGAUGGGCGCACGCGGGUGAGUGAGGAUGGGCUCACGAGGGUGAGUGAGGAUGGGCGCACGCGGGUGAGUGAGGAUGGGCUCACGAGGGUUAAUGAGGAUGGGCGCACGCGGGUGAGUGAGGAUGGGCGCACGCGGGUGAGUGAGGAUGGGCGCACGCGGGUGAGUGAGGAUGGGCGCACGCGGGUGAGUGAGGAUGGGCUCACGAGGGUGAGUGAGGAUGGGCGCACGCUGGUGAGUGAGGAUGGGCUCACGAGGGUGAGUGAGGAUGGGCGCACGCGGGUGAUUGAGGAUGGGCGCACGCGGGUGAGUGAGGAUGGGCUCACGAGGGUGAGUGAGGAUGGGCGCACGCGGGUGAGUGAGGAUGGGCGCACGAGGGUGAGUGAGGAUGGGCUCACGAGGGUGAGUGAGGAUGGGCACACGCGGGUGAGUGAGGAUGGGCGCACGCGGGUGAGUGAGGAUGGGCGCACGCGGGUGAGUGAGGAUGGGCGCACGCGGCACGAGGUGCAGGAGCUGCUGGGGCACCAGGGUUCAGUCAACUUCGUGCAGUUCAGUGGGUGUGCGGGGGUGCAGCAGGAGGUGACGUCUGGUGGGGACGAGGAGGGGAGAGGUGUGGGGGAGAAGGGGAAGGGAGGUGUGGAGGGGGGGAAGAGGAAGGAGAAGGACAAGGAGAGGCGACUCACCUCCCUCAACACGGCCAACCGGCCCGGGGUGGAGGCGAUAGUGUCGUGUGCGCGGGACGGCUCUGCCAUCAUCUGGCGCGCUCGGGCCCGCCGCGUGCAUGGAAAGCACCUGCAGUGGAACAAGGCGCAGCAGCUCACCGCUCCUCCGCGCCCCCUGCCUGUCCCCGCGGGGGCUGCAGCAGCGCAGGGCGCAGGGGGCGGGGGGAGGGCAGGGGCGAGGGCGAGGGCGAGGGAUGCGGCGGGGGCGGCGGCGAAUAUGAUCAUCUGGUCGCUCGACUGCCAGUUCGUGCUCGCUGCCCUCACAGAUGCGCGCAUCUGUGUGUGGCAGGCAAGCACAGGCGAGCUCAUACACUGCCUCACUGCACACCAGGAGCAGGCGUUUGUGCUGGACGUGCAUCCCACGGACCCGCGCAUUGCCAUGAGCGCGGGGUACGAUGGCCGGGUUAUCGUGUGGGACAUCUGGAAGGGACAGCCAAUCGCCAUCCGCCACGUCACCAAUUUCCAACUCGUCGACGGCCAUUUCUCUCCGGACGGCACGGGGCUGGUGGUGGCGGACGAGGUGGGGCAGGUGUAUGUGUUUGCCACGGGGGGCAAGGACCAAUGGGCGCACAUCCACAUGGAUCAGUUCUUCCUGGGCGACUAUCGUCGAUUCGCCCUCGACUCAUUCCACAACGCCCUCGAUGAGGAGACGAACACGCUGACGGAGGAGCGCACGUGGAUGGACCCCAUAUGCGAUGCGGGCAUGCAGCCGUACCCCGACCCCUACCAGGCGCGCUUCCACGCGCUGCGCUUUGCCCUGCUCGCGCGCCCCUACCACCCGCCCUCCUUCCCGCUCAGGGUGGGGCGAAUUGAGGCAGACGACCUGGCCUUCCAGCCCGUCCCCAACGAGGCCCUUGGCGCCCCCGGCUCCGCCCCCCUGCCGCUCCUGCCCCUGCCUGCUGCUGCUGGCGGUGGCGGGCGCGGGGGAGGGGGCCGGAGGGAGGGGGUGAGGAGGGAGGAAGGAAGGGGGAGGAGGGAAGAGGAUGGGGAGGUGCAGGUGGUGAGUGGGGGCGAGGAGGGGGAGGAGGGGAGAGUGGGCGGGGGAGAAGGUGGUGUUGCAGGGGGGGGUGGAGGGAGGCAGAGAGGGGAGGGGAGGCGGCGGGAAAGCCAGCGAUGGGAGCUGAGGGAGAGGCUGCCUGUGAGGCAGUAUGAGGGGUUUGAAGUUACCAUGGCGGGGGAAGAGGAGAGGGGCGAGGAGGAGAGAGGGGAGGACGACUCAGAGUAUGAAGUGAGUGGAGGGGAGGAGGAGAGGCGCGGAGGGAGUGAGGAGGAGCAGGAGGGGGAGACGGAGGAGGAAGAAGAGGGUGGGCAGGGCGAGGGGGAGGAGGAUGGGCAGGGCACAAGACGGUCACGGAGGCUUCUGGGGAAGAGAAGGCGGCGAUGGGGGAGGGCAGGGGAGGGCGAGGUGGAUGAGGAGGACGAGGAGGGGGUUGAGGAGGUGCGGGAGCAGCGGGGGAGGCGGAUGAUUACAAGGAGUGGGCGCGACAAGGGGAGUGGACGGGGUAAGGGGAAAAGGGGGGGACAGGGGCGGGUGAUGCGGAAUGGGAAGGGGGGGAGGGGCAGGGCAUGGAAGGUGGCAAGGGGAGGUGGAGGCGGGGGAGGGAGGGGGAGAGGGCGGGUGAGGCGUGCAGGGAAAGAGGUGGAGGGGGAGGAGGAAUGGGAUGUAGAACCUUGGGAGGAUGAGAGUGGUGCCCGGAAGAGAAGGUUUGUGGCGGGCGAGGAAGAAGAGGAGGAGGAUGAGGAGGAGGAGGAGGGAGAAGGGGAAGGGGAAGACGAGUGGGAAGAGGAUGAGGAAGAGGAGGAGGAUGAGGAGGAAGAAGAGGAGGAAGGUGAGGAGGAAGGUGAGGAGGAAGGGGAGGAAGAGGAGGAGGAGGAGUAUGAGGAGGAGGAGGACGUGGAGCAGUACAAGCGAGUGGGGCACGCCUCUAGAAGCCUGGCCACUGCACCUUACGCCCACCAGUGGCCGCAUGGCUCCCAGGCGAGGGGAGGGCAGGGGGUGGGGGAAGGCAGUGGGCAUGGGAGGGGGCAGCAGGGAGUGUUGGCAGUGAGGGGCGGACAGAGGGCCAUCACUCCUGUGGGCGGGGGCGGGCUCAAGCUCAAAAUCAACCUCCGAAAACCCUCUGCUGCCGAUGCUGCUGCCGAUGCUGCUGCUGACGCUGCUGGUGGUGCCGAUGCUGCUGCUGGUGCUGGUGGUGCUGGCGCGUCUGCUGCGUGUGGUGGUGGGGGCGGCAGCGGGGGCGGCAGUGCGGGCAGCUCCUGUGCAGCGCCGCGCGGAGUGACCAAGUCGCAGCUCAAGCAGCGCAUGGUGGCUCAACGCACCCAGGCCGCACAGGCCCUGCUGCAGCACGCUCACGCCACGGCUCAUGAGGGAGAGGAGGCGAAGGAGGAGGAGGAGGACGACGAGGAGGAUGUUGUGGAGGCAGAGGAGGAUGAGGGGGAUGAGGAGGAUGAGGAGGGGGUGGAGGGGGUAGAGGAGGUGGAGGAGGAGGAAGAAGUGAUGGAGGAGAUUGGAUCCGAGGAGGAGGAAGAGGAAGACACAGGGGCGGAGGUGGGUGAGGAGAGCACGCCAGGGAGGAGGACGAGGAGCAACACUCGGCAUGCUGCUGUGAGCCAGGCUGCUCAGUUGAGACCCGCUCAGAUAAGACCCGCCCAGUCAAGACCCGCGCAGAUCAGACCUGCCCAAAUAAGACCUGCCCAGCUGAGACCUGCUGGGAUGGGCGUGGGUGCAGCAAGGGGUGGUGAUGCUGUUGAGCGUUCAGUCCAGGCAGGUGGUGCUGAGGAGAUUUGGGAGGACGAGGAGGAGGAGGAAGAGGAGGAGGAGGAAAACGAAGAGGAAGAAGAGGAAGAGGAGGAGGAGGAGGAAGAAGAUCGGGGGAAUUGGAAAGUAGAACCCAACUGGGGAAAGAGGAAGACGCGCAAGCGCACAGCAGGGACGGGGGCACUCCCUGCAGGGAGGGGGGAGGUGCGGGGAGGAGGAGGGGGGGCGAGACAGUCAGUGCGGGUGGUGGCAGGCAGGGGCAGGGGAAGGGGCAGGGGCAGGGGCAGGGGAAGAGGUAGAGGCAGAGGGAGGGGAGCAGGGAGUGCAUCUGGAAGGGGGGGACAAGGGAGGGGCGCGGGCGGCAGAGGAAGAGGCAGCAAGGCGCGAGUUGCAGGAUCAGGUGGGGAAGGGUGCGGGGCGCGGGUGGGGUCGGGGAGGGCAUGGGGAGGUGUGGGGGAGAGGGGGAGGCGAGCUGUGGGUGAGGCGAGCGGGAAGGGGUUGGUUGGGGAUUGGGAGAGCAGUGAGAACGAAGAUGCAGAGGCGAUGGGGGGGGAUGAGAGUGAGGGAGAGGGGAAUGCAAGUGGGGAAACGGGGGGAGGGGAGAGGGGCGAGGGGGGUGACGUGGUGAAGGGGGGACACGUAUUGAGGGCAAGGACACCACGGGGGAAGGGGAGAGGGGGAGAGAAGGGAGGGGCGAGGAAGAGAGAUGAGGGACAUGAGAGUGAGGAUGGGCAUGAGAGUGAGGAGGGGCAAGAGAGUGAGGAGGGGCAAGCGAGUGAGGAGGGGCAAGAGCGAGCGGGGGGUGAGCGAGGGCGCAUUUCGAAUUGGGUCAUGCAGAGUGCGUCGCUGGGUACUGACGAACGUGCAGGCGUGCGUGGGGUGGGCGCUGUGUGGGCUGUGCAGAUGACGACGACGCCUGGCGCCCCUCCAAGCGCACCCGCUGCUGACUCCGUGCCUGCUGCUGCUGCUCCUAACACCGGCCCUCACACCGCUGCUCCUAACACCGGCCCUCACACCGCUGCUCUUGCCGCUAACAGUCCAACUGGCGCUAGUGCUGCUGGGGUCGGUGGCGCUGCUACAGCAGCGGCGCACGGGGGGCUGCCGGUGGCGGUGCCGGCUGGCACAAGGAGGAAGAGGAACGCGCGUGGGACAGCAGUGCAGCGCUCAGGGCGCACAGAGAGACUGGGAGGAAGGGGCGUGCAGGCGGGUGAGGGCGGCAGCGGUGAUGGCGGAGGUGGGACAGGUGUGUGUGCUCUGGCGCUGCUGCUUCCUCGCACGGUAGUGCCAGCAAGUGGUGGUGCGGUUAUGGCCGGUGCAGGGAGCGGGGCGAGUGAGGGCGAACAUGCCGCCGGACAGCAGGAUGGUGGAGUGGGAGGGGAUGAUGCAGGUGGAUGGGCAGAUGGACGGGCAGAUGGACGGGCAGGUGAAGGGGCAGGUAAAGGGACAGAUGGUGAAGCUGAUUGUGAGAUGGAGGCUGGAGAGGGGAGGGGAGCGACUGGCGAGGAGGGAGGGGUGGGAGGGGAACAAGGGGGAGGGGAUGUGGGGAAAAGGGCAGAGGGCGAGAGCGCAGUGGAGGGCGUGAUAGACGCAGGUGCGAGUGUGGUGGCGGGUGAGGGGGUCAGGAAGGUUGAGGAGGGAGAUUGUUUGAAGGCAGAGAGUGGAGGCACUGAUGGGAUGGAUGGGAUCAAGGAGGGGCACGAGGACAGUGUGACUGAGGAGGGGUUGUUAAACAUUGCUGCUUUUGCUGGUGGUGCCGCUGUUGGUGCUUGUUGUGCGGAGAGUGGUGCUGGCGCGGAUGGUAGUGCAAUGGAGGGCUGUGCAGCAGCAGAGGGUGCAGGGGGCUGGUUGCUGCAACGUAUUCUGGGGGCGGAGAGCAGGGCGGGCAGUGAGGUUGCAGGGGGUGCCGGGGGCGCGGGGGAGUGGGGGGAAGAGGAAGGGGAGAUGAGUGCGCGCAAGGAGGAGCUGUUUGCGGAGCUGUUUGGGGAGGAGGGCGCGGAGGAGGUGGCAGGGCUUCCUGGGGACGACCUGCUCAGCCUGCUUGGCGAUAGGCCGGCCGGCAGAGAGGUGGGUGGCAGAGAGGAGGGCGGAAAGGAGGAGGGUGGCAGGGAGGAGGGCGGCGGGGAGGAGGGAGAAGGGGAUAAUAGUGGCGAGAGGAGUGGGGGUGAGCAAGGAGACGCGAAUGGGGAGACAGGGCGUGACGGGGACAGUGGAGGCGGGCAAGCAGGGAGUGGAGGUGGCAGUGAGGGGCGCCAUGCAUCCACUGCUCGUGCGCCUUCUGAUGCCCCUGCUGCUGUCAGGGUCAGCACCACAGCCGAAUCAAGGGAGCAGGCUCGGGAGGAGGGUGGCAGGAGUGCAGAGGGGGGUGUUGAGGAGCAGCGGUGUGCGGUGGAGGAAGAGGAGGGCCAGGAGGACGGAGAGGGGAAUGUGGGGGGCGAGCAGAGGGACAGGGGUGUUAGUGGUGGUGGCGAUGGUGGUGGCGGGCACAGUGAAGGGGAGAGAAGAGGGGGUGGCACAGCUGAUGGGGAGGAGGCUUGUGUGGGGAGAGGCGAGGAACAGGAGGAAGCAGAGCAGGGGGAUGAGAGGGGGGAGGGGCAGGAGAGGGGGAAGGGGCAGGAGAGGGGGAAGGGGCAGGAGAGGGAUGGUCUAGGCGAGGAUGGUGCGGCGAGUGGGGAGUGUGAGAGGGUGGGAGAUGGUGCGGCGAGUGGGGAGUGUGAGAGGGUGGGAGAUGGUGUGGCGAGUGGGGAGUGUGAGAGGGUGGGAGAUGGUGCGGCGAGUGGGGAGUGUGAGAGGGUGGGAGAUGGUGCGGCGACGGGGGCAGAAGGUGAUGAGCGAGAUGCUAGUGGUGAUUCGGACAAGGGGUGUGGGGUGAAGGAGGAGGGGCAAGAUGCGACUAGAAUAGAGCAAGUGGGUCAGAUGCGCGGGAAGAGAAACGUGAGGAGGCGAUUGGAGCAUGGCAAGAGAGAGGCAGGGGAGGGUGCGGAUGGGGAGAGUGCGGAUGCGGAGAGUGCAGGGGAGCGUGGGAAUGGGAUCGAGAGCAAGGCGACAGAGAAGGCGAUUGCGGUGCAGAAAGGAUGCACAGGGGAGAGUGAGAAGGCAAAGGGGUCGGAGCAUGAUAAGACGGAGGAGGAUGCGAAGGAGGAGGAUGCGAAGGAGGAGGAUGAGAAGGAGGAUGAGAAGGAGGAGGAUGAUGAGGAGGGAACAAAGAGCGAAGAGGAGGCGGAAGAGGCAGAGGAGGAAGAGGAGGAGAGUGAGUCGUAUGGUGAGUCGAGUGAGAGUGAUGGGAGUAGUGACAGUGAGGGGAGUGAGGGGAGUGAGGGGAGUGAGGGGAGUGAUGAGAGUGAGGGGAGUAGGGAGAGUGAGGCGAGUGAGGGGAGUGAGGACAUGGGGGCGAGCCCGCGUCUGCGCCCGCGCCUCCCCACCUCACCUGCUGCCAUACCUACAGGCUCCGGCGCUCGCAGCUCCCCCCUGGCUCUCUCCUCCAGGAGCCCCUGCCUCGCUGCCAUCACCCCGCGCGCAUCCCCCCGACUCACAGCCCUGGCACCCUCUCCCGGGACAGUGGGUGAUGACGUCAUCUACUGCUUCCAGGGCCACCUCAGCUUCCUGGAAAGUGUUGGGCGCAGCCGCAGCCGGGGCCUGGACGAGAAGCUUCGGAGGAAGCUGCGGCCGGCGGAGCCGUGUGUGGUGGAGGAGGUGGGGUACUACUGGGUGGAGAGCGGUGGCGGGGGGGCAGGGCAGGGGCGGCGAGGGGGAGGCAGGGGGGCGGGGGAGGCGCGGCGAGUGGGGUGCAGAGCGGUGCUGGUGGUGGUGGAGAGUGAGAGCCCGGCGUGUGGGGAGAGGGUGGGGGUGGAGCUCCUCGAGGAGGGCGAGGAGUAUGUGGUGGAGCGCUGGCGGUAUGAUGCUGCCCUCGCCCACGGCUGGCACCCCAGGCAGCACUGCCUGGCGUAUUGGAGCCGGGAGUCGCUGCCACCAGGCCUCAAGCCACCCCCCCUGCCGGAGUCAUCAUCGGGCAGGGCAAUGGCAGAGCACCCGCGCGCAGUGCUCUUCCGCGGCCGCAUCCACUCCGAUAGCCCCUUCGACCCCGCCCUGCCCCUCAGCCCCUGGCGCAGGCUACAGGUGUACUAUGCGCACGACCGCAGUGUGGAGAGGCAGAGUGCGUGGGAGCUGCUCGACCCCGACCCCGCGCUCUGGCCCACCCGCCCCGCCAUGCCAGCUCACCUGCUCAGCGCCGCCAGGGAGGCACUGCGGGCGGUGGAGCAGGACGAGGAGGUGCACUGCUCCCUGCAUCUUCUCUACUCGCCCGACUCCUCCCCCGCCGCCCUCUCCUCCAUCCCAGAACCCAUGAGUGUGGCACUGGUGCGGGCGCGCAUGGCAUCAGGGUGGUACCGCUCACUGGACUCCCUACUGCACGACACCAACCUCAUCGCCUCCAACGCCCGCUCCCUGCACGGCGCCGCCCACCCCAUCGCCGCUGCUGCCGCCCACUUCUCCACACAGUAUGCCGCUCGCCUCAAGGCCCUCACUAGUGGUAGCAGGGCGUGA